AAGGACAGGCACUGAAACUAGAUGGAUUACAGCAGGUUCCCCUGCCAUGACAUUCAAUAAUGCCAUCAAAGCCCUCAUCAGACUUAUAUAAAGACCCCCUCUCCUUUACUCCCACAUUAUUCACUGACCAGCAAUGGCUCUCUUCUUUUUCUCACUACUAUCACUUUUCUUCUCUUCUCUGUUUUGUACCAGUCAUGGUAUCUCCACAGUCACCCUCAAGCUCUUCCACAACCAAGUGCAGAGCCGCUCAUGGGACGACACUCUGUUCGAAAUGGCCGAGCUCGAUGCCUCCAGAGUGGCCAAUCUCUUGGGCCUCAAGGCCAACAAGACGGUGGUGCCAAUCGGGUCAGGCCGACAGGCGAUAAACACACCCAGCUACGUCGCACGCGUGGGCGUCGGCACCCCGCCUCAAGUCAUGACCAUGCUGUUGGACACCAGCAACGACGUCCCAUGGGUCCCCUGCACGGCCUGCCCCGGUUGCGCCGCCACUGUCUUUCAGCCCACUCUGUCCACCACCUACAAACCAUCCGAGUGCGGCUCGCCAAAAUGCUCCCUACUUCACAGCCAAACAUGCACAACGAGUGGCUCUUGCUCGUUUAACAUGACCUAUUCUGACUCGUCGUUCGAAGCUGCUCUCAGCCAAGACUCGUUGUCACUAGCAAAUGACUCGGUGCCGGGUUACUCGUUUGGGUGCUUGACUAAAGUUUCAGGUCAGUCGCUCCCACCACAGGGCUUAUUGGGCCUGGGCCGGGGCUCCAUGGGCCUUAUGUCCCAGUCAGGGCCUCUAUACAAAGGUGUGUUUUCUUACUGCCUUCCUAACUUUAGAGCCCCUGGUUUUACCGGGUCAUUAAAACUCGGUCCAGUGGGCCAACCGAUUCGCAUAAAGUACACGCCUUUGCUCACAAACCCACGCCGGUCCUCUCUCUAUUACGUCAAGCUCGGGGCGAUUCUUGUCGGGCGAACAAAACUCCCCAUUCCGGACUCUGCAUUCGCAUUCGACCCGGCCACCGGCUCCGGCACGGUGUUUGACUCGGGAACGAUGGUGACCCGACUCGUGGCCCCGGCCUACGAGGCCUUGAAGGCCGAGUUCAGGAAGAGGAUUAAUAAAACGGUGACAACGCUGGGAGGGUUCGACACCUGUUAUAACGAGGCAAUCGUUGUUCCCCACAUAACCUUCCAAUUUGAAGGGAUGAAUAUGACGCUAGCGGAUGAUAACGUCGUUAUAAAGAGCAGUGCGGGGACCAUAACGUGCCUGGCCAUGGCGGAAGCGCCUGCAAAUGUGAAUGCGGUGGUGAACGUGAUUGCCAAUUUUCAGCAGCAAAAUCACAGGGUUGUGUAUGAUGUGGCCAAUGGGAGGUUGGGCGUGUCUCGUGAGUUUUGCUCUUAACGAUUCUCUCUCUUCAUGAUUUUGUUUUUUCUCUCUCGUGGGUUGUGUAUUGAUCGUUGGUUUUCUGUUCUCUUUCUCGCACUUGAUGUGUAUGGUCAUUGGGGUAACGCGUGAGUUGUGCACUGUAGCUUCAGACAAGACCCUCGCUCAUUUACUUGUUGUGUAUCAUUCUCUA